UAUGAUAGAUAAUCAAAUCAUCGGCAAUCAAAUCAGAAAUCUUUCUCAGACAGUUCAUUUAACGGCUACAGGAGACAAUGUACACUUGGGAAGAAUUUUACACAGGCAGCUAGUUAGCUAUGGACUUGAAGUUAUCAGGAAAAAUUAUUCUGUUUUAGUCUCAUCUUUAAACUACGCAAAACCUAACAAAAUUCUACUUCAGGACUCUACAGGGACAACAGUAUUCGCUGUGAAGUAUAGGGGGAAAAAUGACGAAUUUCAUGUAGAAUACUCUCCUUUUUCGUCAUGGUCCCCUAGUGGAGUAGCAUCUGGUAAACCUGUCUAUGCUAACUUCGGAAGAGAAAGAGAUUUUAGGACUUUGAAAAGUCUUAAUAUAUCUGUGAAAAGUAAUAUUGUUAUAAUCAGAUAUAAACGGCAUUUUCCAACUGCCAGUGCAGUACGAAAUGCAGUGGAGAACGAGGCUGCGGGUGUUUUACUCUACCCAGACCCCGCACAAUUUACAGAUAUGUUUCAUGAUCACUUGGAAGCUUAUCCUAAAAGUAAAUGGCUACCGAGUUGGGCUGUGGUACGAAGUCAGUUAAGCAUUUUUAUGGGAGAUUUACUAACUCCUGAUUUACCAGCUAUAACUGGAAUGCAAAGAAAGUCGAUUGAGGAAUGCAAGAACUUACUUCCCUCCAUUCCAUGCCAACCUAUCAGCUUUAGUGAUGCUGAGAUCCUUCUUUCAAAUAUGGCUGGCUCAAAUAAUUUCUCAGUCCCAAUUGAUUUCAUAGGAGGUUUGAAUAUAUCAUACAAUAUUGGCCCAGGAUAUGAUAAUGAAAAAAAAAACUUUUCAAUUUAUAUGCAAACAAAUAAUGAAAUGUUAACUAGAAAUAUUUCAAACGUGUUAGCAAUUAUUUGGGGUUCUGAAGAGUCGGAUCGUUAUGUUAUUAUUGGAAAUCAUUAUGAUGCUUGGUUGACAGGAGCAGUUGACCCUAUUUCUGGUACGGCAAUUUUGCAAGAAAUAUCGAGGAGUUUGGGGGAGCGCGUAAAAUCCGGGUGGAAACCGCGAAGAACUAUUAUAAUUGCUCAUUGGGAUGCGGCAAUGCAAGGUUACUUAGGUUCAGUUGAAUGGAUACAAGAAUUUAAACAAGAAUUAGAACAUAAUUCUGUUAUGUAUAUUGAUGUGAGCACACCAGUUACUGGAAAUUAUACAAUGGAAGCAACUGCUAACCCUAUUUUACAUGAACUGCUAUGGGAGAGUUUAAGACAGUCUGAACCCUGGAAUAACUCAACUGAAGCAAAAAGUGCAUAUGAUUUAUGGUUAAAACGCUGUCGGCUGAAAGAUGAGAGAAACAGGCCUGAAAUUUGGAGUUUGGAAAGUAACGACUCUGAUAGGGAUGGUUUUGUUUUUAUACUAGGAAUACCUUCUUGCCAUCUUCAGCUUGCUCCUGAACGGGGUUCUGGUGAUGAGUUAUUUCCUUCGCAUACCACUGCAACUGAUACAUACAAUUAUGUUUCCAAAUUCGUUGACAACUCAUUCAUGUCACAUAAAAGUUAUGCUCAAAUUAUCUUGGAGAUUCUUUUUAGAACAGCUACAGUUCCCAAACUCCCUUUCAGAAUAACCAAACUAGGAAAGUAUCUGGAGAAAGAGUACCAAAGACUACAAUUAAAUAUUGAAAGCAAAAACUUGCUUCGAAAAUUCCCUUUGGAUAUAUUUCAAAAUACUCUCUUAAAUUUCAUAAAGAGUGCCGAAGCUAUAGAUUUUGAAUUGGAAUCUACUCCUGACGAAAGUACCCUAAGAAUUAGGCAGUUGAAUGAUCAACUAAUGAGUGUUUCUCGAGCUUUUAUAUGGUCAGAAGAUAUUCCAGGUCAUUUGAAAGGUCAAAGAAACGUCCUAUUUGGAAGGACUUUUCGCGGUAAUUCAGUCUUUCCAGGAAUUUUCCAAACAUUUCAUGAUUACGUAACCAAAAGUACAGACGAAAAUGCUGUAAAAGUCAAUCGACAAAUAUCGAUAGUAUCAUACUGCUUAAAAGCUGCAGAUAGUAUCAUUCAAAUUCAUUGA